AUGGCAAAUUUGGCAAAAUUGGAAUUCGCUGCCCUAGACAUUUCUGGUGACAACUACCUAUCAUGGGUCCUGGAUGCCAAGAUCCAUCUGUGUGCUAAUGGCCUUGGAAAAGCAAUUGAAGAUGGAAGUGAUGCAUCACCUGAGGAAAAUGCGAAGGCCAUGAUUUUCCUUCGCCGCCACAUUCAUGAAGCGCUGAAAAGCGAAUAUGUGAUAGUUGAUGAACCAUUGGUCCUAUGGAAAGCUUUAUGUGAGAGAUAUAAUCAUCAGAAGACGGUGACUCUCCCAAGAGCUAGAUACGAAUGGACACACUUGAUAUUUCAGGAUUUCAAGACAGUGUCUGAAUAA